CCCGCCGCCCUGUCGGUAACAUUUGGAUCUCGAUCGCCCACCUCAGAAGCGCCCAAUCAUCGUCUUGCGAGCUCGCCUCCAGGUCUCGCCCAAAAUGUCUUCUUUCAAAAGAAAAACCGUCUUACAACAGACCGAAGUCCCAGUCGGCACAAAGUAUCUGCCAGGCUCGCCGAACGUCUUCAUCACCUCGACUGGUAUCCCCUCUCUCGACGACAUCCUCGGAGGUGGCCUGCCCUUGGCUUGUUCGCAGCUCAUCCUCGCGCCAGAUACGCACUCUGCCUACGGGGAACUCGUGCAAAAGUAUUUCAUCAGCCAAGGUCUUGCCUCCGGACAGGACGUGUGCGUCGUGCAUGAGCAUCCGCGGCAGUUCGUCGAGACAUGCAUGUGGACGCCCAGAGGGCCCUCGGCCGCUGCUGCUUCAGUGGACGACGGUGUAGAGGAGGAACCGGAGGGCGAGGACUCGAAGAUCAAGAUUGCAUGGAGGUACGAGCAGAUGAAGCAAUUUCAGACGACUGUCUCAACCUCUGAUCAGUAUGUCCUAGUCUCACGCAGUCAGUAGGUGCUGAAACGAUGACUGUGGCUGCCGCAGAUCCGGGGACAACUACUGCCAAAUAUUCGACUUAACCUCGAGGGUUCCUGCUACUGUCGUCGACUCUGCAUCCUCAAGCAGGCAGCUUCAGCUGAUUGGAGUCGCUUACUCCGAGGAGCGGCCUCUGCGGCGAGUUCUGAAGCAAGUCAUCGAGCUGCUUGGUCCGGAAGAGACCGAGGUCGUCUCCCGCAAAGCACUGAGGAUUUGCAUACCUGCUCUCGGUUCUCCUGCGUGGGGUGAUGUAGAGCC